GGGACCGUGCUUCGCCGCCGCCGCCGCCGCCGCCGCAGCGUCCACGUCGUGUCCCGCCGCCGCAGCUCCCACAUCAGCGCCGCCGCCGCCGCGUCCACCAUCAGCACCACCGCCAUGCGGGAGAUCGUGCACCUGCAGGCCGGCCAGUGCGGCAACCAGAUCGGGGCCAAGUUUUGGGAGGUGAUCAGUGAUGAGCAUGGCAUCGACCCCACGGGCACAUACCACGGGGACAGUGAUCUGCAGCUGGAGAGAAUCAACGUGUACUACAAUGAGGCCACAGGAGGAAAUUACGUUCCCAGAGCCGUGCUGGUGGACCUGGAGCCUGGCACCAUGGACUCUGUCCGCUCUGGCCCCUUCGGCCAGAUCUUUCGGCCUGACAACUUUGUGUUUGGCCAGUCGGGAGCCGGCAACAACUGGGCCAAGGGCCAUUACACGGAGGGCGCCGAGCUGGUGGACGCCGUCCUGGAUGUGGUCCGGAAGGAGGCCGAGAGCUGUGACUGCCUGCAGGGCUUCCAGCUGACCCACUCGCUGGGCGGGGGCACGGGCUCGGGCAUGGGCACGCUGCUCAUCAGCAAGAUCCGCGAGGAGUUCCCGGACCGGAUCAUGAACACCUUCAGCGUGGUGCCGUCGCCCAAGGUGUCGGACACGGUAGUGGAGCCCUACAACGCCACGCUGUCGGUGCACCAGCUGGUGGAGAACACGGACGAGACGUACUGCAUCGACAACGAGGCCCUGUACGACAUCUGCUUCCGCACCCUGAAGCUGACCACGCCCACGUACGGCGACCUCAACCACCUGGUGUCGGCCACCAUGAGCGGCGUCACCACCUGCCUGCGCUUCCCGGGCCAGCUGAACGCCGACCUGCGCAAGCUGGCCGUCAACAUGGUGCCCUUCCCGCGCCUGCACUUCUUCAUGCCCGGCUUCGCGCCGCUCACCAGCCGCGGCAGCCAGCAGUACCGCGCGCUCACGGUGCCGGAACUGACGCAGCAGAUGUUCGACGCCAAGAACAUGAUGGCCGCCUGCGACCCGCGCCACGGCCGCUACCUGACUGUGGCCGCCGUGUUCCGCGGCCGCAUGUCCAUGAAGGAGGUGGACGAGCAGAUGCUGAGCGUGCAGAGCAAGAACAGCAGCUACUUCGUCGAGUGGAUCCCCAACAACGUGAAGACGGCCGUGUGCGACAUCCCGCCGCGCGGUCUCAAGAUGGCCGCCACCUUCAUCGGCAACAGCACGGCCAUCCAGGAGCUGUUCAAGCGCAUCUCCGAGCAGUUCACCGCCAUGUUCCGGCGCAAGGCCUUCCUGCACUGGUACACGGGCGAGGGCAUGGACGAGAUGGAGUUCACCGAGGCCGAGAGCAACAUGAACGACCUGGUGUCCGAGUACCAGCAGUACCAGGACGCCACGGCCGAGGAGGGCGAGUUCGAGGAGGAGGCGGAGGAGGAGGUGGCCUAGGGCCUCCCGCCAGGCCAACGCCGCCCCCACGAACCUCGCUGCUUCGGCUCGGGGGCCCUGGCUGACCUUUGACCCGUGAGCCUCGCUUCACCUUGAGCUCCAUGAGUCUUCCCUCACCCCGACCUCUCCUUCACCUUUGACCUCCCCCGCGAACCCCAUUGUGCCCCCAGACCUAGGAGUCCCAGUUUACUGUGGACCCCUCCUGCUGAGCUUCCCCUCACCUCUGACCUGGCCUCACCUUUGACACCAAGAGCCCUUCUCCCCUCUUAACCUCUGCCUUAUCUCUGGCUCCCUUGAGCGCCCCUCCCCUGUCUUCCCCCGACUCCCUCCCCUCAGCUCUUGCCAACCUCGGUUUAGGUGGUGGAGGGCUCCCGCUGCUGCAGCCUGGGAGCAUGUGAGCCAAAGGUGCUGUGCCCUCAAGCCUCCCCGCCCCCCUCCCCUCUGCUUCACCUGCAAUAAACUUGUCCUGCCCUGCCCUGUU